CAUUGAAAUUUUGUAUAUUAGAAUCAUAGUGUCAUCGAUAAAAUAAAUAAUAUUAUCAAUAAAAUAAAAAGUAAAGUUGGUAGAAGAUUCAAACUGAACUCUAGUCAAUCUAUUAAACUAGUUCAGUUCGCAUCUAACCCUAAUAAAGACUAGCAAAGUUUUAAUUUUCUUAAGGGCUAAAACCACAUAAACGCAUCAGACAAACGGCUGCAUCUGUUUGUUUCUUGGCAAAAUGGAUGAAGCUUUCCAUUUCUGUUAAUCCAACAGUUCAAGAGAAUCUGCCCUGAAUUUCUUGAAGAAUCACAUGGCAUUAGGUUACCAAAUGUGAAGUACAGCUUGACUUGACCUCUUCCAUGGCUUGAAUGUGUCUUCACUUAACCACUCUGCUGCAUGACAUCUCUGCACAAUCUGCCAUUGUCACAACACGGUCGUGCAGCUUUUAUUGUUAUAUAUAUAAGAAGCAACUUUCACCAUCCCAACUCACUUCACUUGGAAAAUGGCUAACUUGUUGGCUUUGCUUUUUCUCAUGGUUAAGAUAGCAACCACAUUGGCUUCCCAGCAGCACAAGUCUUUGAAUGAAACAUGUCUUGGUGGUGACACUGGUUUUGAUUUGCAAAUUGAUUUAUACAGAAAUAGCUGUCCAGAGGCUGAAGCCAUCAUCUUCUCUGGAGUUGAAAAUGCCGUCUCCCAAGAUUCAAGGAUGGCGGCUUCACUGCUUCGUCUUCAUUUCCAUGAUUGCUUUGUCAAUGGUUGUGAUGCUUCAGUGCUAUUAGAUGACUCUGGUAGCUUUGUUGGAGAAAAAGCAGCACCACCUAAUCUGAAUUCGUUGCGGGGGUUUGAAGUGAUCGAUUCAAUAAAAUCUGAACUUGAAUCUGUUUGUCCUGAGACAGUCUCCUGUGCCGAUAUUCUGGCAAUUGCUGCUAGAGACUCAGUUGUUCUAUCUGGUGGUCCAAGUUGGGAAGUGCAAAUGGGUAGAAGAGACAGUUUCAGUGCUAGCAAAGCAGCUGCAACAAUCAAUAUCCCAGCUCCAAAUUCAACAGUGGCAAAUCUUGCGGCCAAGUUCCAGAAUGUUGGCCUCACACUCCAAGACAUGGUUGCCCUUUCUGGUGCACACACGAUGGGAAUGGCUCGAUGCUCAACUUUCAGCUCCCGGUUACAGGAUCUCAGCAACUCAGAUGGUCCAGAUGUCAAUGUGGACUUCCUUCAAUCUCUGCAGCAGCUGUGCUCUGAACCUGGGAACACAGCGCUGGCACAACUUGAUCUUGUGACGCCCGCAACGUUUGAUAACCAGUAUUAUAUUAACCUUCUUUCUAGUGAGGGAUUGCUUCAGUCUGAUCAAGCUCUUGUCACCGGCAACGAUCAAACACGCCAGAUUGUUGAAUCCUAUGUUGAAGACCCAUUGAUCUUCUUUGAAGACUUCAAGAACUCUAUGUUGAAAAUGGGGAGACUGGCACCCCUUACAGGAGAAAAUGGGGAAAUUCGUAGGAAUUGCCGUGCUGCUAAUUGAACUCUUGCCUGAUAAUAAUGCUUU